AUGACAGUCCCCCAACAACGGCGGAAAUGGUGGAAGGUGCAAUGGUUUGCAGACCAGGACACUCCAGAGGAGAGACGUCUCAUCACCAAACUCGACUUGCUGAUUGUUCCUUACGCGUUCCUCGCAUACUGGACUAAAUACAUUGACCAGGCAAACAUAAACAAUGCCUACGUCUCCGGCCUCAAAGAUGACCUAGGUCUACACGGAAAUGAGCUUGUACAGCUGCAAACAAUGUAUACUAUUGGAGCAGUGGUCGGACAACUGCCCUUCAUUUUCCUAUUUACCAAGCUUCCAAUGUCUUGGAUGAUUCCGUGUAUGGAUGUUAUGUGGGGAAUCUUCACGUUGUUGCAGUACCGGGCGAACUCUUAUGCAGAGAUGGCAGCCUAUCGCUUUUUCGUCGGCUGGUUUGAAGCGGGUUUCUUCCCGGCAAUGCAUUACACUUUUGGUUCAUGGUAUCGCGGCGAUGAAAUCGCCCGCCGCGGAGGAUUCUUUUAUGUCGGCCUGACCUUCGGCACAUUAACAGCAAGUCUGAUCCAAGCGGGCGCCUCAACUCGACUAGACGGUGUCAAUGGACUCGCCGGGUGGCGAUGGAUGUACAUUAUCUGCGCAAUCAUCACCCUCCCAAUCGCAAUCCUCGGUUACUUCGUCCUCCCCGGAUCGCCCGACAGGCCGAACAAAUUGGUGUUGAAAGAAAAAGAUGUACAGAUAGCCAAAGCCCGACUGGAACGAGUGGCGCACGAAACAAAAGAGAGCAGUCUCUCUUGGCGGUCGGUUCUAAGGGUCGCCAGCAACUGGAAGUUCUGGGCUCUACUUUUACUUGAUGUGCUUUUCUGGAAUGGGUCUAUAAAUACCACUGCCGGUGGAUACCAGCUGUGGCUCAAGAGUCUGGACCGAUACCCUACCGGCCGCUUGAAUGAGCUAGCUGCUAUUUCCCCUGGCUUGGGUAUCUUUUACACGCUCUUCAUUUGCUUCUCGUCGGAUCUAUUCUUUGGACCUGCUUGGGCGAUUACAGUGUCCCAUAUAUGGAACAUUAUCGGACUGAUCAUUCUGGUUGUCUGGGACGUCUCUGAAUCGACGCUAUGGUUCGCGUUCCUGACUACUUACUCUGCUGUUGCCAUGUCGAGCGUUCUUUACGGUUGGGUUAACAGUCAGCUUCGAGCUUCUCCGGUUGAACGCGCCCUAACUCUCAUCAUCAUCAAUACCGUCUCCCAGUCAACCACAGCAUGGACUCCUCUUUUGGUUUUCAAGACCGUUGAAGCGCCGCGCUUCACCAAGGGAUACUCAUUCGUCCUCGGAAAUGCCAUCUGCUUGAUUUUGCUCGCCCAUGUGAUCCAAUUCUUUAUUUCACGAGAAGAGUGA